AUGAAUAAGUUGAGGCGUAGUUUUUGUCUGUCGGCCUCGCACCUUUGCAGAUCUUGCCAGCCACUUGAGCGCAUCAAAAUGUCCCAACCAACAUGGACCAUGCCCACGGGCACCACCCAUCAACCUGACUUGAAAGUCUACAACUCUCUAACCCGAUCCAAAGUCCCUUUUAUCCCCAUAGAGCCAGAACACAUCAAAUGGUAUGCUUGUGGGCCGACGGUUUACGACGACGCCCACCUGGGUCACGCGCGCAAUUAUGUCACAACCGACAUUAUACGACGUAUCCUCCGAGACUACUUCCACUUCAAGGUGCGGUUUGUCAUGAAUAUCACGGAUGUCGACGACAAGAUCAUCCUGCGGGCGAGGCAGAGGCACCUAUACGACGAAUACAAAUCGAAACACAGAUAUAUUGAUGAGCAGGUCCGUCAAGAUGUGCGACAGGCAUGGCAUUAUUACGUCCAAAAGAACCUCAAGAGAAUAGGACCCAAGACCCUCCUGACCCCCGAGACGUUUGACGGUGUGAUUGAACAGUUCUAUGGAGACAUUCUGGCGGGAGGAAGUCUGGAACCUGGGACGAAACCGGGGGACAAGGAAGCCAAAGUCAAAAUGCACAUCAAUACAGCCAGGACCACGGCCAAGGCUUUGCUGCAAGAUCCGAAAAUGUUGACUCCACAUGAGUUCUACAACCGUGUGAGCGAUCCAAUGUGUCUGGUGUUGGAUGAACAAUACGGCAAGACCAUUCGGGGCGAUGAUUAUGCCGUGUUUACCAAACUCACCAAAGAAUACGAGAAUCGUUUCUUCCAAGACAUGCAUGAUUUGAAUGUCAUGGAUCCAGAUGACAUCGUCCGGGUCACGGAAUAUGGGAAAGAGAUUGCCGAGUUUGUCAAGAAAAUCGUGGACAAAGGCCUGGCCUAUCGUACGGCGGACGGGUCUGUUUAUUUCGACAUCAAAGCGUUUGAGGCACGUGGAUAUCCCUAUGCCAGGCUCGAACCUUGGAAUCGAAAUGAUGCCGAACUUCAAGCCGAUGGAGAAGGUGCCCUGUCGCAAAAGUCGGAAAGCGUCAAGAGAUCGCCCGCCGAUUUUGCGUUGUGGAAAGCAUCAAAACCCGGCGAACCCAGCUGGGACAGCGAGUGGGGUCCAGGUCGACCGGGCUGGCACAUUGAGUGCUCUGCCAUGGCUUCGGAGAAACUGGGUGAACAGAUGGACAUACAUUCGGGAGGAAUUGACCUGGCGUUCCCUCACCAUGACAACGAGUUGGCUCAGAGCGAGGCUUUUUGGGCCGAUGGCAGCCCGCGUCAGUGGGUGAAUUAUUUUCUGCAUAUGGGUCACUUGUCAAUUCAGGGCUCGAAGAUGUCCAAAUCGCUCAAAAAUUUCACCACAAUCCGGGAUGCCCUGCAUGUCCGAAAAGACUGGACAGCAAGAAGUCUUCGAAUAGUGUUCUUGCUCGGGAAUUGGAAAGACGGCAUAGAAAUUACCGACGACAUGGUUACGGAAGGGAGGAAUUGGGAGGACAGGGUGGACAACUUUUUCCUUCACGCCAUUGAGAACAUCAAAAACGCCAAAGCUACGAAUGGACAGAAGCCGGUGCUACAAGAAGUCAUUCAAGAGGCAGAGGUGAAAGUCCGACAAGCUUUGUUGGAUUCUUUCAAUACCCCGCUCGCCAUGUCGACGAUAUCGUCCUUGAUCAAUACCUACCAUAGCGCCAAAAAAUCCGAUCUCACUGCAGAAGAUCAUCGGAAUGCCGCGCUCUUUGUGACACGGCUCGUCAACAUUUUCGGGCUCAACGGUUCCGAGCCGGCAGAUACAGAGCAAGUGGGAUGGAAAGGGAUUGACAUUCCCGAUGCCGCCAAAGAGUAUGUCUACCCGUUGGCCAGAAUGAGAGACGAACUACGACAAGCAGCGAUUGCCAAAUCGAUCACGCCCGAAAAGGUUCAAGAAAUCGUGUCCACGUCGCCAGGUCUUGAAGAGCCUCCUUCUAGUGGAAGGCCGAGGCCUUCAUAUGCGCGGGCGUUGAGCGAAUUCAGCCGCAAUGCUCUGGAGGUGGCUUCGCCUGUUGAGAAUAGUGAUCUCAACAAACAGAUUCUUGCCCUGUGCGACCGAGUUCGAGAUGUCGACCUUUGGCAAUUGAACAUCUACCUGGAGGACCGGGACAAUGCUCCUGCCUUGGUGCGACCGGUCACGGAAGGCCUCAAAGCUGCGCGGAGAGAACGCGAGGAGAAGGCUCGGGCAAAGGAGGAAGCCAAGAAGAAGAGAGAACAAGAAGCAUUGGAGAAAUUACAGAAAGGGAAGCUGAGUCCAGCGGACAUGUUCAAGCCACCGCAUUCGAACGAAUUCUCGGCCUGGGAUGCCGACGGGUUUCCAACCGCGACGAAAGACGGCUCACCGUUGACCGCGUCGAGGGCCAAAAAGUUGAAGAAGGAAUGGGAGGCUCAAAGAAAGGCGCAUGAAAAGUAUUUGGCCGCGGUGCAGAAUGGAUCUGUUGGUCAGUAG